AUGUUUAUAAUCCUCAUUCCAGGUCCCCAUCCCAGUGUGGGAGACGGGGAGGUGACCAGGACAGUCUGUUUCACUGAGGGCAGUAACAUCUGCUUCAGGGACCAGGAGAUCAGGGUGAAGAACUGCACCGGUUACUUUGUGUAUCAGCUGUGGCCGUCACCCUACACCAACGCUGUGUAUUGUACAGAUCCACCGUUGGACACAACUCUGGAACCCCAGGGAGCAGGGACUGGAGACUCUGGUCCGGGUUUAACUAGUGACCCAGCAGGGUCUGCAAGCUCAGAUCCACCAUUGGACACAACUCUGGAACCCCAGGGAGCAGGGACUGGAGACUCUGGUCCGGGUUUAACUAGUGACCCAGCAGGGUCUGCAAGCUCAGAUCCAGCCUCCGUACCAACUGGGGAAUCCCAGGAAACAACAUCCGAACCCCAGGAGACAAAACCCGAACCCCAAGAAACAGCAGCUGAACCCCGGAAGGAUGUGUCCACCGUCCCAGAACCAGGUACAACCUCAGAUCCACCGUUGGACAAAACUCUGGAACCCCAGGGAGCAGGGACUGGAGACUCUGGUCCGGGUUUAACUAGUGACCCAGCAGGGUCUGCAAGCUCAGAUCCAGCCUCCGUACCAACUGGGGAACCCCAAAAAACAACACAUGAACUCCAGGAAACAACCGAACUCCAGGAUACAACAGCUGAACCCCAGAAGGAUGUGUCCACCGUUCCAGAACCAGAUACAACCUCGGAUCCACCGUUGGACACAACUCUGGAACCCCAGGGAGCAGGAACUGGAGACUCUGGUCCGGGUUUAACUAGUGACCCAGCAGGGUCUGCAAGCUCAGAUCCCCAGAUGUCCACAGUGGAACAGACCCAGGGAUCAUCGACUGGAGAAUCCGUCCAGGAAUCGGUUUCUGUCCCAGUGGGAGACACAUCCUCAGAUCCAGCCUCCGUACCAACUGGGGAACCCCAGGAAACAACAGCUGAACCCCAGGAAACAGCAGCUGAACCCCGGAAGGAUGUGUCCACCGUCCCAGAACCAGAUACAACCUCAGAUCCACCGUUGGACACAACUCUGGAACCCCAGGGAGCAGGGACUGGAGACUCUGGUCCGGGUUUAAUUAGUGACCCAGCAGGGUCUGCAAGCUCAGAUCCCCAGAUGUCCACAGUGGAACAGACCCAGGGAUCAUCGACUGGAGAAUCCGUCCAGGAAUCGGCUUCUGUCCCAGUGGGAGACACGUCCCCAGACCCGGAGACGUCCACAAAGGAAGAGACGGGAGGACCAGCCGCUGGAGAGGCCACCCAGGAACCGUCCUCUGUCCCAGAGGGAGACACAUCCUCAGACCCGGAGACGUCCACAAAGGAAGAGACGGGAGGACCAGCCGCUGGAGAGACCACCCAGGAACCGUCUUCUGUCCCAGAGGGAGACACAUCCUCAGAUGCGGGCAGAGGGACAAGUGCAGAAGGCAGGGAAGACAAGCCGUCGGAUGCCGAGUGCAAACCGCACAUUGGACCAGACUGGUGGGACGAGGAGUGUGAGAAGAUGAUCGACCAAGUCCAAGUGUUGUACAUUGGGCAGAGUGAGCUGGACACGGCUGAGCAGAAGGAGGCCUAUCUCCAGGAGGUGCGUCAGAUGCUGAGAGAGCAAUUCCCCUGCAAGUACUUCCUGCCCAAGGACAUUGAUCAACAGACCAGGAAACGCAGCAAGAGAGAAGGGAAUUGAGCGGGAAGAUCGUGGAUUGUGAUCAUCUGAUGAAUGACAGGAUGGUGGUGGGAGGAAUGUAUCUCUAUUUUACUUCAUCAGAUAUUAUGUUCAUUCAUUUCUGUUUUGGUGAGUGGUGGUGGGGAAGCCAAGAGAAAAAUGUUGUCUAAAUUAGCUUCCAGCUGAUAGUUAUUCUGCAAUCUCUGGAUGUUCACAUUAUUCUGUAAUUCUGUCAAUUACAGCUUUGAUAAUUUCUCAAUGUUGAUUAAAUGUAAUAAUGUAAUAAUGUGUUUAAUUCAAGCAGCAAUAUUAUUUCUGUAUGCUGUUACAUGUAAAGGCCGUCUGCCAAUCAAGAAUGUCUUUCUAUUUUAUUUUAACUAAUGUUACACACUAUGUAACUAAAAGAAA